GGGUCUUGAAACAGUAACGUCGUGUGAACGGCGCGACCAAACAGAAACUUUUACAGAAAACUUAAGCAUUUUUGAGUUAUUUACGCUACCGAAACCGGCUUGUUUCUAUUUAAAGUAUACAACGUAAACCCGAUAGAGGAUAAAGGCAAACUCGAAAGGAUUGGAAGAUGUCUCUUCCCAAGCGGGAGGUGGAGGAGCUGAGGCCAUGGGUGGAGCGGACUGUGAAGAAGGUGCUUGGUUUCUCAGAGCCCACAGUGGUUACUGCUGCUUUGCACUGUGUUGGAAAGGGACUCGACAAACGAAAGACCAUAGACCAGCUGCGCCCCUUCCUUGAUGACUCGGCCGGAGGGUUUGUGGAGCGUCUUUUUGAAGCUUUGGAGGAAAGCCGCAGUGCACGGGGCCACAAAGGAUCAGGAGAAAAACACCGCAAGAGAGACCUCAAGGAUGUAUUUGGUGAUGAAUCUGAGCCGGUUGCAGUGCGAGAAACUCCAGAGAUAGUAGAUGUGCCAGCCCCAAAGAGGAAACGCGUCCCCCGCUUCGAGGAGGUGGAGGAGCCCGAGGUCAUUCCUGCACCUCCAGUCGAGAGCCCGGGCAUGCUCACCAAGAUGCAGAUUAAACAGAUGAUGGAAGCAGCCACAAAACAGAUUGAGGAGAGGAAGAAACAGCUGAGCUUUACCUCUCCAGUCCCAGCUGCACAUCAGAUGGAAAUCCCUCCAGUCUCUCGGCUUCUCGGCAACUCUGCUUCUGCAGCUGGAGGCGGGGGCUCGUCCAUCGCCCCCUCCCAGGCUGCCAGCUUCAUGAAUGACGCCAUCGAGAAGGCCCGCAAGGCUGCGGAGCUCCAGGCCCGCAUCCAGUCCCAGUUGGCCAUGAAACCUGGCAUCCUCGGGGCCCUGGGUAACACUGGCCCUCACAACAUGGUGGCACUAGCUAAUCUUCAUGCCAUGGGAAUUGCCCCACCAAAAGUAGAAAUCAAGGAGAUAAACAAGCCAACACCUCUUAUUCUUGACGACCUGGGAAGAACUGUGGAUGCUAGUGGCAAAGAGAUUGAACUCACACACCGCAUGCCUACUUUGAAAGCAAACAUUCGAGCUGUAAAGAGGGAGCAGUUCCGUCAGCAGCUGAAGGAGAAGCCUGGGGAGGAUUUGGAGUCAACGUCCUAUUUCGACCAGCGUGUCAAUAUUACACCAGCUAUUCGUGCUCGAAGGGGCUUCAAAUUCCAUGACCAGGGGCGCUUCGAGAAGAUUGCUCAGAGAAUAAGAACUAAGGCCCAGUUGGAAAGGUUGCAGAAUGAGAUUGCCCAGGCAGCAAAGAAGACAGGAAUCCAGGCAUCCACCAAGCUGGCACUAAUCGCCCCCAGGAAAGACAUGGGAAUCGGAGAGGUGCCCAACAUCGAGUGGUGGGACUCCUACAUCACGCCCAACAACGUAGACAUAUCAUCCGACACAGCAUUUGAAGAGAUGGAGCUCUUCGGUGUGACCAAUCUUGUAGAGCAUCCUGCCCAAAUUAACUCUCCAGUUGAUACAGAUAAGUCGGUAACGUUGGGAGUUUACCUCACAAAGAAAGAACAGAAGAAACUGAGAAGACAGACACGAAGGGAGGGACAAAAAGAAGUUCAAGAGAAGGUUCGUCUGGGGCUGAUGCCUCCACCAGAACCAAAAGUGCGCAUCUCCAACCUGAUGAGAGUGCUGGGGAUGGAGGCAGUCCAGGAUCCAACAAAGGUUGAAGCCCACGUCAGAGCGCAGAUGGCCAAGAGACAGAAGGCUCACGAGGAUGCCAACGCAGCCCGAAAGCUCACAUCAGAGCAGAGGAAAGAGAAGACGGUCAAGAGGUUAAAAGAAGACCUCACUGACGGUGUUCACAUUGCAGUGUACAGGAUCCGUUACCUGCAAAAUCCUGCCAAGAAGUUUAAAGUGGAGGCCAACGCCAACCAGCUGUACCUGACGGGCACAGUGGUUCUGCACAGAGACGUCAAUCUGGUCGUGGUGGAAGGAGGCCCUAAAUCCCAGAAAAAGUUCAAGAGGCUGAUGAUGCACAGAAUCAAAUGGGUGGAGCACAACAGUAAAAGAGAAGGACUUGAUGGUGAUGAUGAUGCAAAAAGAAACAACAAGUGCUGGUUGAUUUGGGAAGGCACAGCUAAAGAGCGCAACUUUAAGGGGGAGAUGAAGUUCAAGCAGUGCCCGACAGAGAACAUGGCCAGAGAACACUUCAAGAAACACGGCACAGAACAGUACUGGGAUCUCGCUCUCAGCCAGAGUGUGUUGGACGGCACAGACGACUGAAACCUCCAUAACUAAACCUGAACCUUCUACAAGUCCCCGGACCCCCGGCCUCACAGCCGGUCAGCCCUCACUGCUGACCGGCUGCCUUCAAAUGAGGACAUACAGACUUAAUCAAGAGACGUGAACAUAGCAAAAGGCGGAACAAUAAACCUGUGUGGAUGUGUCUGCAAGAAUGUGUGACAGAUGAGUGAGUGUGUUUAUGCCGGCGUCGGUGUUCAUCUCUUUGUUGGUAGGCUAUUCUGUCAGCUAUUGUGAUGUCUGUUAUUGAAUACAAUCUGACAGAUUGCACUGUGUGAUGUUAAUCACUUACCCAAGGCUUUUUUGUGAUGAUGAGCAAUGUUGUCAGAUUAUGUUUUGACUUUUGUGAUGAAGUCCCCCUGAAAAUAUUCCUUAUUUGAGUCAAAGCAUUUACUACAAACCUCUCCAUUAAUGAAUUACAAUACUGCUAUUGCAAUAACACAUGUAGAGUAAACCAAUGCAACUAGAUGUUAAACCUGGAAGGAGUCAUGGGUAAUGUAACUACAUUGUCAUACAAGUACAACCUAUUGAGUCAUUACAGGUACAUUUCACAGAAUGUAAAGUUAAUAAAUCCCUACUUUUUUUUUUUUUAAUGUUUUUGAGAAACAAACAAAUGUUUGACUCACCUGUAGCUUCUUUUCUCUAACGUUACAGUCACAGCCUUGAAUAAACAACGAUCAACCGA